CGUCAUAACACGCGGUCUGCUUGGAAAUGAUGAGCAGUCACAAUGCCUGGUCAGUCAAUGCCUGGUCAGUCAAUGAAUAGGCAGGAGCCACCGGCCGAGAAAGUCCGCCAACGCAUCUCGUUAGCCUGUAAAUCAUGCAGAAGCAAACGGGUUCGUUGUGAUGGAGCACAACCGAUUUGCCAGUCCUGCUCACAGAAAGGGUUUGUGUGUGAGUAUCCAUUCCGUGAAGACCGCCGCAAACCGCCUAGUCGUCGCUACACCGAGGCUCUCCUGGCCCGAAUCAGAUCUUUGGAGGACCAACUACAACGUCAAACACAAUCUUCAGACUCGACGACGUCUGCGGUCACAGGUGAAUUACGAGACGAAAUUGUCAUCGAGACCGACGAUUAUCCUUCCGAAUCAGAGGGGGAGAAUGCCGGCGAAUUUUCAGGACGAGAUCCUGUUGAUGACAUUGCCGAAAUGGUCGGCCGACUGAACGUAGGUGAAGACGGACAACUUCGAUAUUUUGGCUCAUUGAGCAAUUUCCAUCUUCUUCGUGGACUGAUGCGCCACGAAACCUCAUCUUCCAACGAAGAAGUGCGACUUCGAGCAUCAAAUAUGCUUCAAAAGUUAAAUAUCCCCUUUGAGAUUCCGCUUGAACUUCAAGCAGAGCUUCUCGGCCUGUAUUGGACUUGGCAGAACACCUGGCAAUACGUUGUACAUAAAGACGCCUUUCUACAGGAGUACAAUCGAGGGCAAAUGGGACGUUACUGCACCCCACUCCUCAUUUCCGCAAUUUUCUCACUCGCAGCUCGCUAUUCGGAUCGUCCGGAACUACGAAGUGGUUCCCAAGAUCCUAAUACUGCCGGAGAUGUCCUGGCAGAGCAGGCAAAGUUGAUGCUAUUCCAUGAAGUAGAAGCCCCUACGACCAGCACGGUUCAAGCUGCGACCUUGAUCGCCUUGAGAGAAUUUGCCGUGAACAAAGAGGCAUCUGCGUGGGUUCAUAUAGGGAUGGCAACCCGCAUGGCAUACAACCUUGGCCUCAAUCUCGACUGUCGCCACUGGGUUCGCCUCAAACAGAUCUCCGAGCUAGAGGAAGAAGUCCGGAAGGUUGCCUGGUGGGGAUGCUACCUCGUGGACAAGUUGACCAAUAUUGGUCUUGGUCGACCCAGUGCUAUUCAAGCACAUGAUAUUAGCAUACCAAAGCCUUCUCUCAUUCCCGAAAUCGAAUUCCAACCUUGGUGUGCUUCAGACCGCGGCCCGAGUAUGGACCUCCCCCAAUCGCGGAUGGUGUCGAAUAGCCAUUAUGCAUGUGAAUUGUUCAGCAUUGUUUCUUACCCCCUGGAUAUCUUAUAUGCCCCAAAUAGUCAGCUCUCUCAUCAUCAAAAGGAAACUCUCGUCUCUAGCACCGAUAUAUCUUUGACGAACUUCCACAACACCCUCCCCAGCUUCCUUCGCAUUCCAAACUCCUCAAAUACCCCAGCUCUCCCGCAUGUAUACCAACUCCAUUUACAGUACCACGUUACCGAGAUUCUUCUCCACCGGCCUUUCAUCAAGCCACGAAAAACCGGUGCCAGCCCACUUGCGGCUAUUGACGACUCAACAGGGCGAUCCCAUCUCGAUAUCUGUCGAGCUUCCGCAGUCACCAUCUCUGGCAUCCUUCGGGCCUACAGGAUACAUUAUUCUCUGCGAUGUAUCGUGAUCUCGACUGUCCAUUGUACAUUUACAGCCUCAAUCAUCCAUCUCUACGACACUACAAGUCUAGAUCCGGGAAUUCGAAGCACUGCCAAACGCCACCUUCAAAUAUGUAUUCAAAGCUUACUGGAAAUGAAUGUCCUCUGGGCCUGGAGUUCACGGGCACUCAUAGCGCUACAACUACUGGCCAGGGAAUGGCUCAUGCAAAUGAACUUGACGGAAUUGUCGCACCCAGAGUUUUGGACUGUCUUGCGCAGCCUCGACCAAGCUAUAAAAACCAUCUCUCCAAUCACCCCCACAACUAAUUUGGAUUUGGAGGGUGCACCAUCGACGGGCUCCUUCGAAGGUUCUUCGAUCCUAAAUUCAACUCAGCUUGACCGUUUGACGGAAGAUUUUGUCGCUCUCGACGGGGGACUUGAGUCUCUGACAGCCGAGGGGUUCAGUGACCAGAUCUUCUUGAAUUCUACUCUCGGUUUCGGUCACCUACCCGAUUUUUCGUUUGAAGACCCUACGUUGGACUGGCAUCGGGACGCGACCUUUUAAUAUUUCAUUAAUGGAACAUGCGACCCGGUCCACCUGGGUUUAUCUACCUAACCAGGAUUCAGAACGGCAGCCCCGUUUUGACAAUUAGAGAGAUCAAGUGCUACCAAGCCCACCAUUAGACAUUGGAGAUAUUUCAUUGAUGGCACUAUGUAAGCUCGGAUUUCGAAGGGUUCUUGACACCAAUCAUCAUCGAGUGUGAAGAUAGUGCAUUGAGAUAUAUUUGGAGGAGACUUGGGAAUACGUUGCCACUGUCUUUGUUUACUCUUUGCCUCCAUCGGCCCUAUCUGAAUCUUCUGCCG